AUGCGUCAAAGAGAACAAAGAAUAAGUUAAAGAGCUUUUUCAUCUACAUCUCCAACAACUCCAACAAUGAGUAAUGCAUAUGCAACAGCAAUGAAAAAUAUGCAAGAUAAAUUAAAAUAGGAUAGCAUUCGAAAAUCUGUUGAUAUAUCUCCAUAAGAAAUAAUAAUAGAACAUUUAAAACAAUAAAUAAUUGAAUUAUCUGGUGAAAAGGAAAAGCUUUAAUCUCAAUUAACAAAAAUCUUAUAAGAGAUUGAAAUGAAUAACAAAGCAACUUAAUAAAUAGAACAGUUACAAGUAGAAAGACUUUAACAUUUAAAAGAUUAUUAAGAUCGUGUUUCAGAAUUGAUAAGAAAGAAUGAAGAACUUAAGCAUGAUAAACAUGAACUUCUUUAGUAAAAUGAGUAUCUUUAACGACAACUAUAGGCAUAUAAAAAUAAUGAAAAAGGUUUGAUACACAAGGCAGAACUUAAAAAGUUUGAAGAAAACUCAGCUCUCUUAAAUACUAUUCAAGAGUAUAAAUAGAAGGUGGAUUUAAAAGAUUAAAUUAUAGCCAAUUUAGAAACUCGUAUUGAAUAUUUGGAAAAAGAUAAAUUACAUAUCUAAAAUGAAUAUGAAAACUAUAAAUUAUAGCAUCCUUUACUUAGAUUGAAUGAAUUCGAAAAAUAAAUUAAUAAUUUAAGAUACUAAUUAGAUGAGAAAGAUCGGGUUUAUUACAAAAGUAUUGAUGAAGUGCAAACAAAUAGGCUAUGUAGGGAAGAAUAGAUGGCUAAGCGUAUUCAAGAAUUAGUAGUGAAAACAUUAGAGUACUAAGAUAUAAUAUAAUAACUAACUUUGGAUUAUAAGGAUUUAAAUAUGAAAUAUUAAUCAAUUCGUAUAAAAUGUGAUUAAGAGGAUAGAAAUCAAAGAUAAUUAAAAUAGGGUUGUGAAGAAUCAUGUUUUAUUUAAGGAUCCAAAAACUAAAAGAUUGUUAACAAGUUAAACUUAGAUUAAAUCUUGCCUACUUAUUUUAGUCCAAGAAUAAAUGAGAAUAUGAGAUAGAGUUAAUUGAAAUAGGUGAUUAGAGAUUGCUUAGAAGAUAUGAAAAAUACAUAGUAAAGUCCUGAAAAAAAAAAUAUAGCCAAAAAAAGAUUAACCUCUCCUCUAUCACCUUCACAAUAAAAUGAAAUCGAAAUUAAAUUGAAGUAUCUAAAUGAAAGAUAUGAAACACUCAUACGAUAAGCCUAAUAAGAAAAUGAUAUGAAAUGUAAAGCAAAUAUAAGAAAAUAGCUUCUCGAAAUAGCAGAGCAAAUUAAAGAAGUUACAAAAGUUAAUAAAAUAAAUUGA